UUUUAUUGAACGUCAAAGCCCCAGUACUGGGCGUGUUGACGAGAGGCUUAUAAAGAAUGCAAAUGAUUUGCUGACCACAAAACAACGCCAGAUCCUACCGAUUAAAGUACAGUUGCUGAGACAGGGAACGCUCAGUAGCGACUCAAGGGUGUUGAACGAUUUCAAGCGUCCUUCUGUGCUAUAAUUAUGUCCGAGAUGCAGCAGACGCGUUUGGACUUUUCGUCCGCUGGUAGUUCACCUUCUGUUCGCCGUACGGUUACCUACAAGGCAUCCGACCUGGCUAUGUCCUCCAAAGCAGGUGACGUUACGAUCCAACACAUCUCUGAGGCAAAGGGUUAUCUCAAUGAAUUUGAGCAAAUGUACCGCAAACACCGCGUUGAAAUUGACAGCCUCAAGCGGGAUCAUGCGAGCGAGGUUCAAACGCUUAGGUUGGAAAUCGAAAACCUAAAGCGCCAGAAAAGGCAGAUAGAAGAACAGUUUGCAGAGAGCAAGAGCGAUAGGAACAGGCUCAAUGAAGAACUCGUAGCUAUCAGGAAAAGACUGAUGAUGAGGGAGACUGAGCUGGAGGCACUCAAACGCGAGCUGUCGUCCAAGAACAACAUUAUUGCUUCCCUCAAGGCUGACAAGGUUGCUCUGCAGAGGGAACUGGAGACGAUGAAGUCAGAGAUAGUCGUUAGCCAGUCCGUCACCACCGUUCAAGAAUCGGCUCCAAUGGAAGAAGACUUCUUUAGCACGCAGAUAACAGAGUACGAGGCCACUCUGAAGAGCUCCGUAGAUGAGAAGGAAGGUCUGCAGGAGGAGAUCUUGAACCUGCAGACAAAGCUUGCCAGGCUGCAAAGUGAUUACGAUAGAGCAAGUCGCGACCUGGAUGCCACCAAGAAGGAGUGUGACCUCAGGGUUAAAAAGUUCGAAGUUCAACUGCAAAAUUCUCAGAAACAGCGUGAGGAUCUAAAAAGGCAGCUGGAAAAGUUACGUGACGAUCUAAAGAAGAGCAGAGAGGCCUUGUCAAGUGCACAGACGGAGGCGGUGAACAACAAGAGGGUUGCCGACAGACUUCGAGAUGAGGCAGAGGGCAAAAACAGGCAAAUCCGCAACCUAGAACAGAAGAACGGCUCUCUUGAAGACCAUAUUGAGCAACUCAAGCAAGAUCUAUCUCAGAGCGAGAUGCGUGCCGAGGUAGAAGCAAAACACGCAAAGGACCUCGAGAACGAACUUCGUUCAUCGGAAAGGCGGUAUGCUGAGGCGGAGGCCAUGAUUGAAAGCCUGCGAAGCUCCAAUGAAGAUCUCCAGCGCGAGCUUGCUAUUAGUAACAGCAGGGUGUUGACGCUAGAGAGUCAAAAUGGUAAGAUGACAAGCCGCGUGAGGGAACUGGAGAACGAACUGGUCCGUUGCCGUGCUCGUAUUCAUGACCUGGAGAACGAAUUUGAAAGCAUCAACACCAAGUGUGUUCAGCUUCAGUCAUCAUACGAUUCUUCCGCGAGUGAGGUUGACGGACUACGAUCCAGGGUAGGGGGGCACCAGAGCAAGGUGAAUGAGUUGGAGUCCCGCCACUCAAUAACUUCCAAAGAGAGAGACGACCUCAAGCUACGUAUAGCUCCUUUGGAGAAGAUGAUCUCUGAAUUGAGAUUGUCUUUGGAAAGGAAUGAAAAUGCACGAGACGAACUAGAGCGAGAGAUUGAUGCGUUAAAAGUUAAAAACUCUAACUUAGAAGCACAGCUUACCUCAACCAACAAAUCCAAGACUCAGCUAAGGGCAGAUUUGGAUGCAGAGAAGGACAAGAACAAUCAGCUUAGAAAAGAGAUCACUUCUGUGCAAACCCAACUGGGAGAAGCGCAACGUAACCUCAAGAAGCUCAAAAGCGACAACGAAAGGAAACAAAAGGUCAUUGAUGACUUAAGGGACACAAUCCGGGAACAUGAAGGAACCAUUCACGAGAAAGAAAAAGACGUCCAGUACCUUAAUGAACAAAACAAAAUGCUUGAAGAUGAGAAGAAUGAAAUCCACGACGAGCUCAUGGAUAAUAACAAGAAACUAGCUGAGCUGGAAGAGGAUCUUAAGCAAACCCAGGACGUCAAAGAUAACGUUGAAAGAGAUCUCAUUGAGGCACAGCAGGCUAAUGGCGAGUUGGAAAACGCCCUAGAAAACACCGAAAAAGAAAAGAGAGACUUCGAGGAGCAGGCACUCCAACUUCGGCAGAACCUGACACGCGUAGAGGCAGAACUUCGUGAUGCCCUCAGUAAGAAAGCUGUUCUCGAAGAAGAUGCUAAACAACACGAUGCUGCUGUUUCCAAACUUAGUGACGAGAUAGAUCGUCUUAAAGGGCUCCUUGCCGAAGCACAACGUCAAAUUGAUACUUACCGCCAAGAGAUUGACAUCAAAGAUGCUACCAUCUCGACCUUGAAAUCUCAGAUCAGUGAUCUGGACAAAGAAAAUGACGAUUUAAGAGCGGAGCUUUCUAAAGUGAAAACGCAGCUUGCAGCAGUGGAAGAGGAGAAGAGGAAACUUCAGAUCACACAUAACACAAAGGACGAAGAAAUCAAUCGACUGACCGGAGAAAUCGACAUUACGGUCAAACGCAAUGAAGAGUUACAGAGCGAAUGCAUUGUGGUGGCCGACAAAGUGCAAAGUGUUGAGUCCAGUUACCAAGACUUUAUGUCUUUGGCUAGCGAUAAAGAUGGUUUGCUUGAAGCAGAACAAGAAAAGAACGCGCAGUUAGAAAAGGAAAUCAAGUCCUUGAAGUUGAAGAUAAAAAGUCUAGAGGACAAGGAUCGAUCGAGAGAAGUUGAUCAACUGAAGGCGGACCGCGAUGCUGCUAAUGAAGAAAUUGCUAGGCUGCACGAUCGUAUUCAGCAACUAGAAGGUGAGAAAGAUGACCUAUCCCGCGAAAUCCUCGUAGUCCAAAGUGACCUUUCCCAGAAGGAGAAUGAUCUCGAGGCAGCCGAGAAGGACAAAGAGAAAGCCGAAGAUGAUGUGCACGUAGCUCAAGGAAAGAUUGACAACCUAGAAAGUCAACUGACAGCUCUACGCAAGCAGAAUGGUCAACUGAAAGACAAUUUGAAGGACGCCAACAACAAGAUCAUCAAAGGCAAAGAAGAAAAUAAUGACCUUCAAACCAAAGUCAGCCAACUUGAGAAGAUCAGUGAAGGUUUGAAAAACGUAAUUGCCAAGAAGGACAAAGACAUCAUCAAUCUUCAAGACAAAAUUAAGAAGUUGCAAAGUGAGUUAGCCGAUGCUAAGAGAGAGGUGAUUGCCGCCAAUGCAACUGCCGAGAGCCUUAAAUCUGACAAAAAGCAUCUAGAACGAAAACUGGCUGAUGAAAAUAAGCGUUACCAGGUACUAGAAAAGGAAGUUAAAGAUCUCAAGGCACAAAGAAAUGCUAUGGAGACUGAACUCAGCAGUAAGACGCACAAGCUGGCUCUCAUUGAAUCUCAGUUGAACAGCAUUAGAAAGGAACGAGAUAAACUGAAGGAGGAAGUGAAAUUCCUUAACGACUCUGUGAAGAACUACAAGGAGGAAAAUCUGUCCAUGCAAACUAAUAUCCGACGCCUAGAAAAGGAGUUAGAGUCCAAGAUCAAAGAGAUUCAAGACAAAUCUGCUGUUAUCGAGCGGUUGAAAGCAGAAAAAGCUAAAGUUGACGAAGAGCUGCUUAACUUGAAGAAAGAACUGAUGACAACUCGAAAUCUCCUUGACGCUGCCAAUAACAAGAUCAAAUCUCUGGAAAACACCCUGAAGCAAACCAACCUUAGCUUGAACAAGCUAGAGGUAACUAUUCAAAACUUAAAUAGAGAGCGAGAGGAAAGAGAUCGGGUCGGUUCCACCCACGACAGCCAAUAUAUUGAAAUUGAGACCCUCUACAAGGCUUCUCAAGACCGUGAAAACAGGUAUAAGCAAGAAAUUCAAGCUCUUAAAGCACGUUUGGACAAGAUGGAGCCAGACUAUCGCAAAAUCCAACAAGAAAACGUGGACCUUCGGGCUAAAAUUAACGCCUUAAAUAAGAAAGUCCGUAACUUAGAAGGUGCGCGCGACCGCAUUGACAAAGAGAAGCAGGCCAUCCGAUCAGAUCUGGAAGCUGCCAACAACCAAAUGGCGGUUCUUGAGGUAACCUGUGACAAUGAAGCCAAAGAGAAAGACUCCUUCAAGAAGCAGCUAGAUGACGCUCUCGAAAAGCUGGCAAAGGCGAGAAAGCAGAAUCUCGAACUCGAACAGACCAUCGUUGAAAAGAAAUUACAGCUUGAGGAGCAUGAAAAAUUAUUGAUGGAGAAGGAUAACGAGAUCAAGAACUUAAAAGCCAGCAAAGAAUUCUUGCAAGGUCAACUUGAUGCCGCAAAGUCGCGUCUAGACAACGCUCAACAAGAAAUUGAUGACCUGAAAGCUGAGAAUGCCCUUAAACAGAGCGAAUUCCUCGAAAUGCACAACAAGAUUAGUGAGUUGGAGGCUAAAAUUUUGAAACUGACCGGGGAGAGAGACAGAGCUCUCGAUGAUGCUAAUAUCAAUGCCCAAAAAGUUGCUAAUCUGGAGGAGCAAAUAAGAGAGUUGGUCAGCGAGAAGACAAAGCUCUUGGAAAGGAUAGAAGGUUUAAAGAAAGAGAAUAACACCCAAAGGGAGGAGCGAAUGGAGGUCGACAAGCAGCUCACUGAACUGCACGGCAAGAUCAACUUUUUUACAAGAGAGGUCGAGAACAAAGACAAAAACAUUGCUGACUUAAAGAAUAAAGAAGAGAUCCAAGAAAAGGAGAUUGACAAUCUUAGGAAGAAUCUGCGCCACCUGGAAAGUGAUUAUGAAUCAGCCCUUCAGAAAAUAAGUGAACUGGAGAAAGCAUGUCAUUCUGUUAAUCAGAGAACGCUAAUGAUCGAGAGCAAGAGUGAUAGCCACCGUGACAAGGCUAAGCGCCUCGAUGAGGAAAAUAGUGCCUUGAAGCGAAGAAUCGCGGAGUUGGACAUCACUAAUAAAGUCAACGAAGAGAAAGGCCAUGAACUGCAAGAUAAACUCCUUCGAGCCCAGGAAACGAUUGCUAAUCUGGAGUCCGCACCACCAAUGGAGUCCUCGAUAGUGGUGGAAACAGAAAGUAGCGUAGAGGCAGCAGCAGGAGACGGAAUGGAGGUUGAAUUUCUGAGGAGGGAUUUGGAGGAUUUGAAAGAUAAAAAUACCCAACUAGAGAAACAACUGCGGCAGGCCAAGGACUUACAAGAGAAACUACAAGCGCAAAUAGAUGGCAAAGACAAGACUUUGAAGGAGAACGACGAAACCAUUUUGGAUCUCCAAAGAAGCAUUCAGGAGCUUACCAUUCGCCUUAAGAAAACAGAUCAGACAGAUGCUCCUGGGAUUGUGUCAUCUUUACGCGGUCAAAUAGACGACUUGGAAAGCGAUAAUGAAAGGCUGAGGAAGGAGCUUGAUGCUGUCAAAACAAGACUGGUGGAUGCCCAAAACUAUCGUGCCAAAGUUGACAACCAACUUUAUCAAAUCAAGGGGAAGUUAAACGAGGCUGAACUUAAGCUCAAUUUGGCCAAUACUCAAAAUGAAAAUCUCCACCAGGAGCUGUUAAGGGCCCAAGAGAAGAACCACGCUAUUGAGGCUGAGCGAGAUCGUGAUUUGCAAGCACAGGCAAACCUUCGCGGUGAAUUAAACGAGACGAAAAAGCGUUUGGAGAAAGCAAAGGCCGAUCAAGACAACUUAACCAUUCAGAUACACGACCUUACAGGGGAGGUGCAAGCUGUGAAGCAAGAUCGAGAAGAUAAAGAGAGAGCGGUCCGCUGGCAUGUUAGCAACGAACGACAGCUAAAGGAUGAAAUAGCCUCUUUGAAGAGAAAACUGGACAACAUGAGGGAAGCAAAUGACAAACUUAUCAACAGUGAGGACAACUUGAAAGCCCAGAUACGAGAAAAAGAGGCAGAAAUUGCUGACCUUGACCACAACAUGACUCUCCUCCGGCAUGAGAACGAUAAGCUACGUAAAGACUUGGCCACUGCAAAUGCUAAUGCGGCGGACUGGAAAAAGAAGUACUCAAACGCCUCCAGUGACAUUGAAAGGUUGCAAAAUGAACUCAACGCGAAGAUUCUUAAGAUAAGAACCCAAGAUAAUCGCAUCAAGACACUUGAAAGUGACAAACAGCGCCUUAAGACAGAGAUCUCCACUCUCAAAAAGACAAUUUCAGAUCAAAAAGUUCAAAUUGAGGCUCGCUCAACACAGCGCAGUCGUACCGAAAUAAUCGUACAGAGCGCCGGUCCUAGUCUUCAGUCAGCUCCAGACAUGUUCCAGUUCAGAGAUGACUCCGUGCCAAGUAAGAAAUACAAAGACUUAGAGACAUCAUACAAGAAAGUUCUUAGAGAGAAAGAAGAUGGAGAUAAAGAUGCUGCAACGUUGAAAGACAGGCUUGCCAAGCUAGAGAGUGAGCUUGCCGAUAUUAACAGAGCCAAGAACGCAGCCGAAGGCGAUUCCAUGUGGAAAGCUCAAAGAAUUAGCCAACUGGAAAGCGAGCUGAACGAUCUACAAUCGAAGGACAUGGUUGAUUCUGAUGAGGCCCUUGGAUGGAAGAACGAGAUAACUCGUUUGCAGCAGGACCUAGAGGCAGUUAAAAACAAGGACGUCCGUCUGGAGGCCAAGAUUGAAACUUAUGAAGGAAAGGUGAAAGAAUUCAGUGAUGACUUGAUUAAAGCAAAAGAGAGGGUUGCCCAGUUGGAGUCUAAGGCUGAAGACGACCAAGAGAAAAUUGAUGAGCAGCGUAAGGCAUUGAUGGAGGCUUACAAGAAGGUAGCAGACCUUGAGGCAGCCAACAAAUCUGGUCAUAACAGCAAGAGUGAACUCAAUGGUGUGAUAAUGACCUUGCGCGAUAAGAUCGAAGCUCUGGAAAAUGAACUCCAGAAAGAGGCCAAGCAGCAUGCACAUGUGAAAGGCACUCUUAGCCAAGUGAAGAUAAAAAACGAUGAACUCAAGCUGGAAAUUGCAAAGCUGCAGAAGAAAUUGCGAGAAGUACUGCAGCAAUACGAUUCUCAGGUUCAGGAAUGGUCAGAGAGAAAGUACACCAUUGAUGGACUUGAAAAAGACAAUGCCGACUAUAUUGCCAUAACAGAAAAGCUGAGGCGAGAAAAUGCCAACCAUAAGAAUUACCUGGACAACUUGGAGACAGAGAAGCGUAACCUCCAGAGUGAGUUGAACCAAAUGGCCCCCAAGAUGGACGAACUCGAAAGUCGUUUGCGGAUUGCUUUUGAGGAGAGGACCAGAUUCCAAAUCGAGCUAGACGAUGCCAAGAGGGCUCUGGACGAGACUAGACGGGAGCCAGAGCCGAUUCGUCAAGUAUCUAGUGGUGGGUUAGAAGCAGGUGUGGACAUGUUCCCUGAGUUGUCCAUUGAUCUCGAAACGGCCAAAAACGAACGCGAUCGCCUUACCAGUGAUGUUUCCUCCUGGCAGAACAAGCACAACACCCUACAGAACAACUAUGACAACUUGAACGCCGACAAGAAGCGCCUUGAGGACAAACUUGACAGCAUGCAGAAAACUAUAAACCACCUUGAACACAACAAUCAGACCCUGACAUCAGACAAGAAUAGACUGACUGUUGAACUGGAAUCAGCCAAACGUAAAACGGCUGAUCUGCUGUCUGAACUAGAUGACGCAAAACGCGACAAGGAUGCCUUGAAGGUGGAGUAUGAGAUAAUUCAAAAGAAGAUCACGAAGAUUGAAGCUGAGUAUGAAAUCCACAUUAAACACCGCCACGACUUUGAUGACUCCGGCGCUUAUGCCAAGCUAAGUGAAGCCUACAAACGCAGCCAGGAGAGGGAAAACGAAGUGCAAGAGGAGCUCUUGGUCUGUUACAAGACUAUCGGAGAUUUAAAACACCAGUUAGAAAACGCCCACGAGACCAUGGAGAGGCUCACAGUUACCUACAACACUGAAACUAUCAGAAGUGCGACUUUACGAGAGGAAGUUGUAAAUUACCAGAGAAGACUCUCAGAGCUGGAAGAGAAAUACGAGAUCAACCGAGGAGCUAAUGAAGACAUGGAGAAUGAGUUGACCGUAUUACAGCAGAGAAUGGAGGAGCUUAGUCGCGAGAACUCUUCCAUUCAGGAGUCGAAGGCUUUGGUGGUUGUUGAAGUUACCAACCAGCGCAACAAGAUUACACGCCUUGAACAGCAGCUGGAAGACUCUGAGCGUGAAAAGGAAAACCUCCGUCUCCAGUUGACAGCCAUGCACAGUAAAGGCGAUGCUGAGGCACAUGAGAUCAGCAAGCAGAUUUCCCAACUGUCGGAGCGAAGUUUAACAUUCCAACGUGAAAAGCAGGAUCUAGAAAGGCAGCUCUCCCAGAAGCAUGCGGAAACCAUUUCGCUGCAGCGCGAAAAUGACGCUCUGAAGUCACAAGAGUACAGCUCUUCCACUCAAAAGCAACUUGAAUCUUUAUUCGAGUUUGGCGGUGAUGCAGACCUCGGACCAUCGGCCGAGUCCACCAGAUUUGAGUUCGACAAUGACGAUUUCGAAGGAGGAGGAACAACCGUGACAACCCGUACUGUUAAGGUUAAGAGCUCCAAGAAAGGAAGAUCUUAAAGAAACGUAGAACAUUUCUUUCAUUUCUUUUAAGCAAAACAGCACAUAGGGAUAUAGCUUUUGUAUCGAAGUAAUUUAUAUGGAUAUGUUACUUAUUGCUUUCUCUGAGCAAUUUAAAAAGUAAAUGUCAUCCUUGUUUUCAUUUGAUUUCUACAAGCAACUUGCAUUUUGAUAACUCGUCGGGCUCGAUUUCUUUAAUUUAUGCACCUUAAUCGAGGGUUAAAAACUUUCUUUAAGCCGUAUUUUUCAUCUAACAAUGAGGUUUUAUGGUCGUUGCAUGCGACAGUGCAAUAUCUGUUCUCGCAGGUGGAGGACGUUUUUGCGUUUGAGCUCUAGGUUGCUAUCAUUGUUAUUGAAUUUACGGCUUAGAAGCCCAUCGUUUAUUUUCUUUUAGGAAAAAAGAACUGCAUCUUUAGGUCUUUUUCGCAUGUAAGGAAAACUGUGUACUAAGUCGCAUUAGACCUCUAAGACAGAGCUAGUAUUUGAGCUAAUAUUCGUUAGAGCAGUAGUUCCCUUCAUAUCGUCGAGAAUUUAAAGGAUAUUGUUGCCGAUGGUUAGCAAAAACACUCGGACACUCGGCAAAUAGAAAUAGUUGUAGAAUUUUUAUGUUUCUCUAAAUAUCUUAUUUUUCUAUUUUCAUUGCGGUAUUUUUAUGUACUCGAAUAAGCGCUGCCUCCGAAUAAACGCAGUACCUGUUUCAUGAACGCCACGGUACAUAAUUGAAUUGAGUAAGUAUUCGGGGGAAGAGCAAAGAGCCUCAAACUUUAUGCUAAGCGUGUCUGGGUGUAAUAUGUGUUUUCAAGCAAUAAUAAAUGCAUUUUAAAUCAUCA